AUGGACCGCGUGCGAAAGGCCCUGGGUCGUCAACACUCGUCAACCUCAACGUCCGAAUAUGAGCCUCUUACAGGCAACGAGGAAGCCACUCCCCUAGAGGGCUCAACCCAACUCGAAGGCCAACAUGAACUACCCUUCUCAUGGGCCGAGUAUAGUAUCUUCGCCCUAUUGGGCGUUGCCAUGCUCUGGGCUUGGAACAUGUUCCUCGCCGCAGCUCCGUACUUUACAGCUCGCUUCGCCGGUGAUGCUUGGAUCCAGGCCAACUUCCAAUCUGCGAUCCUGACUGUCUCUACUGUUACCAACCUCGGUGCCAUGCUUGUCCUUACCAGUAUCCAGUACUCAGCGUCGUACCCCUUCCGAAUCAACCUGGCACUCAUUAUCAACGUUAUCACUUUUGGCCUCCUGACAGCCUCCACUGUCAUCGGCCUCAGCGCAUCGCCUACCGUCUAUCUCGCAUUUCUACUUGCUACAGUAGCUGCUGCUGCUUGGGCUGCAGGUCUUAUCCAGAAUGGCGCAUUUGCUUUUGCGGCCAGUUUCGGACGCCCAGAGUACAUGCAGGCAAUUAUGGCAGGACAAGGCAUCGCUGGUGUGCUACCUCCUCUCGCGCAAGUCUUCACUGUUCUAGUCUUCCCUCCAGACAAGGACAACGCAUCGACCGGAGCAUCCGCAGAAGACGGCCAAACAUCAGCAUUCGUCUACUUCCUCACCGCUGUAAUUGUAUCGGUAAUUGCCCUGGUAUCUUUCAUCCCAUUGGUCCGCCGCCACAAUCACAUUAUUGAGAACCGCAUGGUUGAGCAAAUGAACGAGUCCAUGCAUAGCAUCGAGGAGGCCGAACGCGCCGCUCGCAAGGUUACAUCCCUUUGGCGGCUGUUUACCAAGCUUCACUGGCUUGCUAUUGGUGUGGCCCUCACUUUCACCGCAACUAUGUUUAUGCCCGUUUUCACAGCAAAGAUCCAUUCUGUAAAGGAGACCUCUGGCGCCAUUUAUCAGCCUGCAGCAUUUAUCCCCCUUGGGUUUUUCUUCUGGAACCUGGGCGAUUUGGGUGGACGUAUAGCCACCAUACUACCUUUCUCCCUGCGACACCGCCCCUUUGCCCUUUUUGUUCUCGCAGUUAUUCGCUUUGGUUGGUUGCCCCUUUAUCUACUUUGUAACAUCGAUGGCCGUGGCGCCACUGUUUCCAGCGACUUCUUUUACCUCUUUAUUGUUCAGUUAAUAUUUGGCCUCACCAACGGGUGGCUUGGUUCUAGUUUCAUGAUGGCAUCGGGUGAGUGGGUGGACGAGGGCGAACGUGAGGCUGCGGGCGGCUUUAUGGGAUUAUGCCUUGUCGCAGGAUUAUCUGUUGGUAGUCUUUUGAGUUUUACAGUGGCAGACAUCUAG